AUGACGCUUUACUUAGAUCAUAUCGCAAAGGCGUGGAAGAGGAUCUUACGCUGUGGUGACACCAUUUUGCCUCCCUCGGCUGUUGACGCCAUUACUGUACAAAGCCUCGAGCUUCUGGCUCCUAAGCACUCCGACAUGGACAAGAGCCGGGUUAUCAGUCUUAUGGAACAUGGAAAAAUAUUUCCCUCGCAGAGUGACCGUGGCAUACGAAAAAUCUUAGUGGAAAACAUAUGUAAUCUUCCUGGCGUGAUUCCGUCACUAUGGACCUUUUUCGAGACAUUGAAGUAUUUGGAGCCUCUCUGCGAAGCACUUAGACGGUUGCUGGGUGAACAGAUGAAACGCACAAUACGGUCAAGUCUUACAGGACUCUUUUUCGCUCCUAGCAAGAAUAUGGUGCAGCUUAAUGAGACUGAAGAUGUUGAGAUCAAAGUCGAGCUCAGCCAGCAAGACGCAAUGAUGGUUGCAUACACGGAGCUGUGGGCAUUUUGUAGCCGUCACUUUGAUGGCUUGACAGCGUGCACACCGAGAAAGGAGAUAGGAGGACCAAAGCCCUAUGUGAAAGGACCCAAUCCAGUAGCUUGGCAACAUCUAGCAAAAUUUGCCAUUUCUCGGGGUUUCCAAAUAAAACACGCACAAGCUCUUGUAGCGAAGGAGGAACUUUAUCAUUCACAACUCGCCUUGGAAUACCUUCGCAAAGCAAAUCCAAUGUGUUCCAACUUCUCUAGUGACCAUGUCCAGAGAGUCUUAACAGCGGUCCGAUCCGAUGAGAGUGCUAAGACAUGCGAACCUGUUUUAAAACUCCCACAUCUUAGCGUCGAUCGUCGAAGUGGUCGCCCUUUUGAGCACGACCUCACCAAAGAGAAAGAGAUAAUGUUCUUUCCACAGCUGUAUAGCGGCCCGCCAUGCGAGGACACGAAUUUGAGACUACUGCGUCGCGAUCUUUUCUCGUGCAUUUUUAUCUCUCUAGAACUCCAGACAGCUGACUUUGGAGUACCAACAACUGCUCCUGUAUCAGUCCAAGACGUUAUGGAUAUUGAUAUUCCGCCUGAACCACCAAAUCCAGAUGCCCAGCGUACUGAACUGCAAUUACAUUAUGCGACGCUUCAUCAGGAGUACCAGAGCUUGUCGCUUCAGCACGAGACACUCGUGAGCAAAUCUAACUCGCAACACAAAAAGAUUGAUAAUUUAGAGAGUAAGAAUGCAGAGAUUCAAGACCUAUUAGAAGAGUACACAUCAAAAUACCAACAACUAAACGACGCAUACUGUUGUUUUAUUAAAGAUCACCAUGGCUGCGAGAAAGUCAAAGGACAACUUCAAGAUUUGAUUCAUCGAUGGAAAGCACAGUCGGAGGAAAAUAUGGAGCUUGAGUCUACAUGUACUCGGCUCCGACGAGAACUAAGAAACGCUUUAGACAGUCGAACGUUAGACGAACCAGUCCUGAGAGCAGAAGAAGUACAGGCUCCUCUUGCAAUAGAGGCCACGACCGUGUCGGACAUCGAAUACAGUGACGACGAGCCAACUUCAGAUAGUCUGACACUUUAUACUCGGGCAGCGGGGUCCAAUGAUCGAAAUCAGUAUGAGAUCUUCCUUGCCUAUGCUGCUACUGAAGAAGGCGAACCACACGGGUAUGGCUUUGAUAUAAGCCAAAGUAUUGAGGAGGCAAUACCUCAGAUAGCUGAUUCUCUACGCCAAGCUGAAUCAGUAUUUGGUAGCGAACAGUAUCAUGCAAUUACUUUCCUAGGAACGCAUCUCACCAGUACAGAGCCUGCCUAUCUUUUCGAGCGUCUUAAGGCAGAUCGGACGAUAUUUAUCGGGCGCAACUCCGUGCUAGCAGCAUUAAUUCCCGCUUUAAGUACAGCAGCAGCGUCUUCUCCACAACCGCAUCAGGCUGCUGUAAUUUUUGAGCAAGCCGCUACCCAAGCCCUGGGAGAAGACUCUACCAGACAUGGCAAAAGAAAGCGAGGGGAUGCUACAAGAGAGAUCGCGAAUAAACGCCGUUGCGUGCCUGGGACUGAGGUAGAACCAGCCAUUCCAAGUACAAGAGCCAAGAAAAGAAAACCCCUGGGAAUUCUGAAAUCUAAGAAAGCUAGGGGUAGAGAGCAGACUGCUGCUGCCAUUUCGACCUCAACAGCAGCAGGGCACUAA